GACACAUAUCCUUGCAGGUAACGUUGAAGAAAUACGUAAAAGAAUGAAUAAAUGCAUAUAUGAUAAAAAUAUAGAUAUGGAAUUAGAUGAAUGGAUAAUAUCGAUUAUAUGAAUGAAUGAAUCGAUGAAUGGAUGGAUGGAUGGAUGUACAUAAAAGGAACGAGGCGAGCAUUCAUAGGGUGAUUUUUAUACAAUUGAAUGUGAUAUUGACAAACUUCUUUAUUUUUAAAUUAUAUAGGGUUAAAACAUGGGUGCCUACAAAUAUCUUGAAGAAUUGCAAAGAAAGAAGCAAUCUGAUGUCCUCCGUUUCUUGCUCCGUGUCCGUUGUUGGGAAUACAGACAAUUGAACGUCAUCCAUCGUGCUUCUCGUCCUUCUCGUCCUGAUAAGGCUCGUCGUUUGGGAUACAAGGCUAAGCAAGGUUUCGUUAUCUACCGUAUCCGUGUUCGUCGUGGUGGCCGUAAGCGACCUGUUCACAAGGGUGCUACUUAUGGUAAGCCUGUCAACGAAGGUGUGAACCAACUCAAGUAUCAACGUUCCCUCCAAUCCACUGCUGAAGAACGUGUCGGUCGCAAGUGUGCUAACCUCCGUGUCCUCAACUCUUACUGGAUCAACCAAGAUGCUACUUACAAGUACUUUGAAGUUAUCCUUGUCGAUCCUUCCCACAAGGCCAUCCGUCGUGAUCCCCGUAUCAACUGGAUCGUCAAUGCUGUUCACAAGCGUCGUGAAGCUCGUGGUCUCACUGCCAUCGGUAAGAAAUCUCGUGGUAAGGGCAAGGGUCAUUUGUUCACCAAGACUCGUGGUUCCGGUCGCCAUGCCAGCUGGAAGAGACGCAACACUCUCUCUCUCCGUCGUUACCGUUAAAUCAUUCGUUGAACAGGGUCUUUCUUGGCUCAGUUCUUUUAGUAUUAGUUCGUUUUUUAUAUUUAUCAAAUAAAAAAUAUACUUUUGUCUUUUUUUUUUUU